AUGAUGCAAAUCGUUCAGGGUAUUGGAUUUGUCUUCUCCUACUCCGCAAAACGAUUAGAAGCGUUCACCUCCGAGCUGUCAGAAGAUCAAGUAACACGUGAACAAAUGGAAGGUCGUCAGAAGCUGAAGACGCUCUGUGAAACACGUUGGAUGAGCCGGGCAGAAGCACUGACGACGUUCGUAAAGGCUUUCAGUGUUGUGAUCCAUGCCCUCGAACAUCCUGAGAAUGAUGGUGACGUGAAAGCUGGGGAACAUGUACGGGCUAUACUGAGAUUUGAGUUCAUCCUCACUCUUGACACUUGUGACCACGUCGACAUGGACUUGAUAGAGGCUGUGCGAGAAGCUGGAGUUAUAACAAGCAUUCUUCGUGCUGAGCUACAAGAUGAUGCGGUGUUUGAUGCGCUCUUCGAGAAAGCUGUAAAUAUAGCGGCCGAAUUCAAUAUCCAUGCAAGUGUACCUCGUCAAAAUCCCAAUCAGCGGAACAGGGCAAACUACGCUAUACGAGAUCCGUUGACAUACUGGCGGAUUGCCUUGUUCAACGUCUUUGUCGAUCACCUUGUUGGAGAGAUCACAGAAAGGGUGCUCAUCAACCAGGAAAGGUUCUGUGCGCAGCUACUUCUGUCAACAAGGUUGGAUAACCUGAAUGAUGAACAGAUGAAUCAAAUCUACACGAGUUAUGAAAGCGACAUAGACUCGACUAGAGAUGCAUUUGCGGGCGAAGUUUGGCGCUGGAAGGUACGGUGGAACAACAACGUUCAGAAGCCAGACACUCUUAUCGAUACUCUGGAUGUUACACCAAAGGCAGCAUACCCGGCUAUACACCGUGUACUAGCAAUCCUGCUCACAAUGCCAGCUACCUCAGCCUCGUGUGAGCGUUCCUUCAGUUCUAUGCGACGUAUCAAAUCGCACAUGAGAAGCACCAAGUCUGGCGAAAGGCUGUCUGAUUUAGGACUCCUACACAUUCACAGAGAAACGGAUGUUUCGAUCGAUGAAAUCAUCAACACAUUUGCCUGGGUUAAGUGUAGAAUUAUUGAUUUUAUGUAA